GCGAGCCGAGCCGCCGUCAGGUGUAGAACGGAAUAGGAGCCUCGCUGGAAUUUCCAUCCCGUCUUCCUGUUCGUCGCUCUCUGAUUAGCAGACAGAUUGGAGCCCUCGCCUCUCCAGCUGUGCUCUCGGCCAGAUGUGGCCACGGCCAGGAUGGCCCCCAAAAGUACACAUAUCGGAGGCAAUAUCUUUCUGAUGAUGGAGACACAACUAGACCGUAAUCUUCAUAGUGCCCUCUUUGUAAGAUGAUCAUUGCUAGUCCAUUGUUGGACUAGAUGGAACUUGGUCUGAUCCAGCAAUGCAGUUCUUCAGCUUUGGACUCAUGGUCUUGUUUCUUUGGAUUCAGAGAGCUGAUAAUGAGCCAGUUGUCACUGGCAUAAUAGGAAGUACUGUUGAACUAAGAUGCCACUAUACUGGAGAACAGCCACUCAUCCCAAAUACAUUUCGAAUACAGUGGCAAAAAGAAGGGGUGACUCAAUGCUUUGUAGACGCUUAUUUUCCUAAUGACAGUAUGGAAGAAUACCAGUGCAAAGAAUUCAAAAAUAGGACUCAGGCUGAUAAGCAACCAAAGGAUGGUCACUUUUCUCUGAAACUGUGGCGCAUCAGUCUUAACGAUGAGCACACAUAUGAGUGUGUGAUACAGGAAAGUAAAAAUGGAUUAUUUAGACCUAUUCAUCAUGCAAAAGUAACCCUCAAAGUGGCAGCAAACUACAGCAAACCGGUUUUAACAGUUCUGGAGCGAUCUGAAGAAGAAAUGACAUUUUCUUGCAAUUCUAGCCAUGGAUAUCCACAACAAAAGCUUUAUUGGAUAAAUCAAACAGACAACAGCCUCUUGAAUGCAACAGAAACAUCCAUUAAAGAACCUGAUGGGACAUUCAGUGUUUACAGUGUGUUAACGAUUAAAACAGCUUCUGACAUAAAAUUAGGGUGUCAAAUUGAAAAUGAGCGGCUUCAGCAGAAUAUAACUACCAUCUUUGAAUCAAGCAGUUCUACAAGCAGCCCUCGAACUGAUGCCCACCAACAUAAAACAACUAUAGUUCUGAGUGCUGUAGCACCUGCCGUUGCCAUUGCACUCAUUCUUAUUCUAUAUAUCCUGUGUGAUAAAAACAAGCCUUCUCGUCAAGGAACAUAUACUGGUGUUUUUGAAAAUGAAGAAGCAGCACAACACAACGCUCCUGUUUAAAGCUCUUGGAAAUAGAAAACUUCCAGAGAUUUCUUGGACUGCUGGAGAGAACUCAAUUUGCUAUGACAACGCUGCCUUGAAGCAUUCCCUGAAUACCAGUGGAGAUGUGUUUUAUCUGCCACGUGACAUGGGCUGGAAAUAAAGUUCUUAUGCACUGCCUGCAAUUAGCUUUAUCCACCAUUUUAUGGGUGAAGAACACAAUUCUACCCAGUGCAUGACUGAAGGAUAAAGACUAUACAAUAGAAUUGGUCCCAGGAAUGAAACCCAGAAGGGCACACUUUUUUUAAUGCAGUUCAGGACUGACACUAUACAAAUGCUGACACCUAAAGUUGAGCUAUCUGAGGGUUGCUUCAUCUGUUAUAAAGUCAUAAUGCUGACACAUUCAUGGAGGACGGAUCUGAACCAGUUCUCUUGAGCUCCUGAGUCUUUCUGUUUGACCCUGAACACCAACUGCUGGCGAGCAACAGUGCCCACUGCUAUGGGUCUUGUUGACUUAUGGGAAGGAGAGUACUGGACUAGAUGGACCUUCCAGUCUGACUGAGCAGGGUGGUUCUCAUUUUCCAAAGGGUGGUGGUGGUAGAGGGGGAGGCGGCGGCUGAGCCCAGUCCAGUGGAGGCAUAGCGCAUGAGAGAUCCAUGGUGGGGUGGAGAGGUGUUGGUGGGGUGGAAAGGUAUUGGUGGGGAGAUCUCUUUCAGCUGGAGGGCCAAAUUCCAUUUGGGUGAGUGUGGCCAAACAUACAAUGCCCGCAUAUUUUAGUUUAAAGCUGUUACUGCCAGUAACUAAGCCUUAGAAGGCGCCACAACUUUUAAAAUGGGGGGAGGGGAACUGUAGCAAAGCUGGGAAAUGAAGGCGGGGCCAUUUGGGAAACUGGGUGGCCAUAUAGAGACCCA